AUGAGAGCUCAUGCUCCCGAAGUCUGUGUACCAAGUGCAUCAUCAGGCUGGCUUGGUCCCUUCGGAACAAAAGUGAACCAGUCGCUGUGUCGCAACCUCUUCAGUGCUACACAGAUCCGCGGGUUCUCUUUCAGCCCUGACUGGCGCAUCCUGGUUACAAUCGUGGCCAUUCGUUAUGCGCCUAUGCCCAUCCCUGCUCGAGGCUUCUUUGGUGGCAACCCUACCCAUUGCUUACCCUCUCACCACAUAAUCUUCCAAAAAGCCGUGGAGCCUCUCUCAAAUCUUUGGGAGCAUUGGAAAUCCCCGUUGUUGAUGUUGUCCCUUGGAAGAUCCUGUGUUCUCAAGUUCCCUCGUGCCCCCAUUUCCUUUGCCCUUUUCCCACGUUCUGAGAUGGUUCUUCGAUACGGUAGUAGUUCGGUGCGUCCGAGCUCACACCAUUUGCAAUCUCUCCAGCAGCCACGAUUAGGUCUUCUCGCGCCGCUUGGGAAACAAAGCCCUAUUUCGCCAACCCAGUCUACUUCCUCUAUUCCAAACUCCACAUACCCCCCUUCACAUAACCCACUAGGGAACGGCCUUCUACAGUCCCAUAGUGCGUACGGCCAACCGCCACAAGAGUCGCCUUACUCUACCACCCAUCCGACGUCAUAUACAACCGCCACAUCUUCGAAUCCAUAUCCUUCUAGCGGUAAGCCAAGGACCUUUCUUUUUGCGCACUACCUAGGACCACCAGACCUCAUGGCAACCACCGCUCAAAUGCAGAGGCCUUCUUACCCACCAAUUUACCACACUCCUCAAUCCAACUCUCCCGCAUCUGUAGCUUCGCAACCGCAUGAUCAGCAUGGUCGCAACAUGUACACCCAGUCCCCCCAGAUGCCGCCUCAGAUGUACGGCUAUCCGCCAUAUUCGCCGAUGCACCCAGUGCAACCGUCGCCUUAUGCAGCGCAUCCUUCCCCUCAAUCACACACCCUCACCUCGCAAUCCAUGAUGAUGCCCCCUCAGACGGCGACGGCACAUAUGUCACCGCACCUAUCAUCACACGCCUCCAACUCCGCGCUGUCCAGCAGUCCGUCCAUAAAGAUGGAUCCGAAUCCCCAGCCCAUAGCAGCCCAACGACCAAUGCUGAAUCCUCCUCUCCCAUCAACCUCCAACACCGGCCUCCAAACAGGUAGCGUCCACCAAACAUCACCGCUGGGAACGAGCUCGAGCGCCGCUCCAGGCCCUAUCCCGGCCACUACGCCGCUCGUGGUGCGACAGGACAGCAACGGAGUGCAAUGGAUUGCAUUCGAGUACUCACGGGACCGGGUGAAAAUGGAGUACACGAUCCGUUGCGACGUCGAGUCCGUCAACGUGGACACUCUCAGCCAAGACUUCAAAACGGAGAACUGCGUCUACCCACGCGCCUGCUGCAACAAAGACCAAUACCGCGGGAACCGACUGGUCUACGAGACCGAGUGCAACACCGUGGGCUGGGCACUCGCCGAACUGAACCCCUCGCUGCGCGGUAAGCGCGGACUCAUCCAGCGCGCCGUCGAUAGCUGGCGCAAUAGCAACCAGGACCCGCGUCUGCGCAGUAGACGAGUCCGCCGCCAGGCCAAGGUCAACUAUCGCAAGCAGUCGAUGGCUCCUCCCACGCCGCAUAUGACGGCUGCAGGCCCCGUAGGCACGGGGUUGCCUAGUACCCCAACGAUGUCGGGGCCUCAGGGUCCGCGACAUAGUCUUGGUGGUCCGGGACAUAUGUCGAUGGGACCGCCACAGUUGCAUCAUCAUCACGCUCAACCGGAUGGUAGCCCUAAGAUUGAGGAAGUCAGCGGCACCACAGACUACACCAGCGCUACUCAGCGCCCCGUUGACUCGAUGCGCCUACCAUCCGCGCCGCUUGCUAGUGACAUUCGGACCGCUCAAGUCUUCCAUGAUGCCACCAUUGUUCCCGUGUCCGCCAGCGUUGGCCCAUCAAUGCCACCCUUGCUCCGCGAUAGCAGCCUCGGCGCACUCGGUCGCCAUCAUACAAUCGCAACAUCCAGCCACAUGGACAGCACGAGCGCCGAAACAGAGAAUUUCAACGCCAGUCCCAGCAACGAAGACCUCUUCGGCCAACUACCCGACGGCAAGCGGCGCACCUUCAUCCUAGUCGAGGAUCCGCAACGCGGAGCACGCGUCCGCGUCAAGGUCAUGCUGGAUAAAGUCAACAUGGACGAGAUCCCGGAUUCCUAUCGCAUGGCCAACGCCGUCUACCCGCGAACAUACUUCCCCGUGCAGAUGAAGGAUGCCCCUGGCUCGAGCGUACCGAAUAAGCGGUUCUCCCGCGAUGACACCGAGCAGACGGAUGAUUCAAACGCCACCAUCGGCCGAACGAGUGUUCUUGCCCCUUCGCUCGAUGGCGAGCGCGAGAUCGACGUGCCCCAGCUCUCGCGUCGCAAACACCACAAAGAAGUUCUCUUGAAUGACCUCGGAUACCGACUGAGCUGGAGUCAGAGCCGGGUGUUUGCCGAGCGGAGGCUCUUUUUGCAGCGAUCGCUGGAUGCCUACCGGAAUAAAAUGCGUAGUAGUAUGCUGGCUGCGGGUCAGGAUGCGACCGAGAUUCCCGAACACUUUGAUACGCGGCGGGGGAAGCGUCGGUUCUUGGAGCGUAGGGAGCGGAGGUUGGAGAUGGAGAUGGGACGGCCGAGUGCGUCGCAGCGGAGUGUGGAGGAGGUGGAGAGCUAA